AUGGUCGGCGACAAGAUGGGCGACGCCUCCGGGAUGAAGGGCGUGGUGUGCCAGCUGAGGGACGACGACGAGCUACCGAGGAUGAAGGACGGGACUAUCCCCGACAUCUUCUACAGUCCGAUGCAUUUCCCAAAGCGAAUGACUAUCGCUUUGUUCAUGGAUAUAGCCCUGGGGAACUACGUGAUGCACAAGCAGCAGGUGCAGUAUGGCACUCCCUUCCAAAAGAAAUGGACUGCCAAAACUAUUAUUGAGACUUUGGAAAAGGAGGGAAUUCCUUUCAAACAGGAGUUCUUCUCGCCCGAAGGGCAUUCUCUCGGCGAGAUGUUCUGUGGGCCUUCCUUCCUCAUGCGCCUCCACCAUCUCGCAAUCAAGAAGUGCAACGUGACCCUGUAG